AUGGCGGGUUUUGCUUCAAUGAAGAAUGUCUUCUUCUCUGUUCUUCAGCUUUCAGUAGUACUACUCUUGUUGAGUAGUGUUGCUGAGUCAUUGAACGAUUUUCCGAGCCACUCUCCUACUACCCUCCCCCGACCAGUUUACCCUCCAAGUGUCCUUCCUCCGGUGAAGCCUUCAAAUCUAUCUCCUACCAACCCUCCUACUCUCCCCCCACAAGUUUACCCUCCAAGUGUCCGUCCUCCAGGGAAGCCUUCAAAUCUGUCUCCUACCAACCCUCCUACUCUCUCCACUCCAGUUCAACCUCCCACUGUCCUUCCUCCAGUGACGCCUCCAAGAACUUUAUCUCCAACCAACCCUCCUACUCUCCCCCCUCCAGUUCAACCUCCCACUGUCCUUCCUCCAGUGAAGCCUCCAAGAACUUUAUCUCCAACCAACCAUCCUACUCUCCCUCUUCCAGUUCAGACACCAAGUUUCUCUCCAGUCUACCUUCCUCCAGUUCAUACUCCAACUCUUCCUUCUCUGGUUGGAUUCCGGUUCUUCUUCCCACAUGGGUACCCUUCAAGUCACUCUCCUAGCCACCUUCCUACACUCCCUCCUCCAGUUCACAGUCCAAGUCUCUCACCAGCUCAACCUCCAAGCUUCCCACCUGAUAAUGCUCCCGAAGCCCCGCCCGCCAAGUAUGUGGUUGUGGAAGGGGUUGUUUAUUGCAAGUCAUGCGACAGUGAUACCCUUUCAGAUCCAGUCGUUGGUGCGAAAGUAAAGCUAGGGUGCAACAUCACCAAGCUUUUAACGAUCGAAGAAGAAAAGACUACAGACGAGACUGGUUGCUUCCUCUUUGAAGCAUCAAAGAAAAUCACCAUCUCCUCGGUUUCAUACUGUAAGGUGUUCUUGGUUUCAUCACCUUACCCUAAGUGCCAGAAGAAAUCUAAACUAAACUGUGGAGACACUGGAGCCACCUUGAAGUACGAGGUCAAUCCCAAGAAAGCUUUAGCCUCGGACACUUACGAUGUCUACACUCCUGGGCCUCUUGCCUUCGAGUCCAAUUGUUGA